AUGACGUCCAUCUUUUCCAACCCACAACCUUCACACGAUGCUAAAGAUAAAGUGAUAUUUCUAUCUAGGGAUCAAAAUUUUGAUCAGGCUCUGAAAUCUAUGCAGACCACUUGUAAAGUACCGAAGCCAAGCACGUCAUCAGAUGAUAUCAAAAUGCUCAUAUCGACGCAAAUAUUCACCAAUGGGUUGUCAGAGCUACGUUUGAAAAGGCCAUAUCUAUUCACGAGAAACCCUCCGGCAAUCAUCUCCCGAUGUGAUUAUGCUGGUCCCGCUACAGUUGAUGUCCGGAACGAACUUUACGUGACUUUGUUACAAGGGGAACUGUCUGGGAAGUCAUCGGAUAGAAAUAUCGAAGCUCGAUUACAUCUUGUCGAAGGCAAUGGAAGGGUGGUCCCUGAUUCUUUCGAAACGGUAAGUGCCGGAUCGUUGAAGUCGUCUUCGGACUAUCGCAGCUUUGUCUACAUACAUGAAGACAAACCUAUGUGGUUUGAAAAUAUUAAGAUCCGACUUCCUGAAGACAUAAGCCGUGAUUUACACCUGCGAAUCACUUUUUAUUCAAGAAAGCCCUAUGACAAGGGUAAACCUGAGAAAGGGCCUUUUGCGUUGGCGCAUAUUCGAUUAAUGUGUAAAUCUGUGCUCGUUCCUGAUGGAGAUCACGAACUGUUGGUGUAUAAGAUUGAAUCCUCGCACUAUGAUGAAGGCAAUACCAGCUAUCUGCCUUUGCCACAGACGAAAAGAGUGCUUCGAGAUCUUGGCAACACCACCAACAAACCACAUUCUUCUGUCUUUUCAUUGAGCGAGAAGAGCUCCGUCGUCAUUAAUACACUUACAUGUUCGACGCUUCUUACACAAAAUGAACACAUUCUCAAUGUUCUUGGAUGGAGAGAGUCUAGACCGAACCUGAAUACUUCUUUGAAUACACUCGGUGCCCCUUUUGGAGAGUUGCAAGAUGAGAUGAUUCGCUUUCUCUGUCCUCUACUGGAUGCUCUAUUUGAGCUAUGGGAAGAGCGUGAACAACUAGAACUAUCUGUAUUCGAUGUGAUAGUCGUACUGUUGAAACUGACAGAUGAGCAGCAGUACAGUACAAGCGCAGAUAUACUCAAGAAGUACAUGGAUAGGUUUCCAUACUGCAACGCUGGAGUGUAAGU